AUGACAACCACAACGAACGGCAACAGCAACGGCGCCAGCAACGACACUAUCAAGGUCAAGAGCCCAGCAAGCCUUGCCCAUGUCUUGCUCAAAACGACCCAACUGGACGCAAUGAUUGACUUUUACUGCAAAUUCACCGGAGGCCAUUGUGCGUUCCGCGGGAAGAGCAUGGCAUUCAUCGCCUAUGACGAGGAACAUCACCGCAUCGCCAUCGGCGCCAUGCCCAACACCACGCCCAAAGACCCCUACAGCAGCGGUCUCGAACACAUCGCCUUUACAUACAACAACCUAGACGACCUGAUCGAGUCAUAUGAACAACGGAAGCAGAUCGGCAUGCACCCGAUCUGGUGCGUGAACCACGGUCCCACCACGUCCAUCUACUAUCAGGACCCCGAUGGCAAUCACCUUGAAACACAAGUCGACAACUUCGACACCGCCGAGGAGACGACCGAGUACAUGAUGCUCCCCGAGUUCGCGGUCAAUUCGGUCGGAUUCGACUUCGACCCCGAGGAGCUUGCGGCCCGUGUGCGCAGCGGCGAGGACCACAAGACCAUCAAGAGGCGUGUCGGCUCCGGUCCCAGGCCAAACCCGCCUUACUCAGCUCCUCCUCGAAAAUAG